AUGGGGUCCCGGUCGGACAUGAAGCCCAUCCAGCUCUGGGGACGGAAGGGGCCCAACCCGCCCAAGGUCACCAUGAUUCUCGAAGAACUAGGGUUGCCCUACGAGCACGUCCCCAUUGAGUUCAAGGACGUCAAACAACCAGAAUACCUCGCCAUCAACCCCAACGGCCGGCUGCCAGCCAUCCACGACCCCAAUUCGGGCUUGACGCUGUGGGAGUCGGGCGCUAUCAUCGAGUACCUCACGGAGCGCUACGACACGGACCGUAAACUGAGCUUCGAGCCGGGAACCACCGACGCUUACCACACAAAGCAGUGGUUAUACUUUCAGACCACCGGUCAAGGUCCGUACUUUGGACAGGCGACAUGGUUCAAGAUGUACCACCACGAAAAGGUGCCGAGCGCGUUUGAGCGGUACGUCGGCGAAGUCAAGCGAGUAUCGGGGGUUUUGCAGAGCUACCUGGAAUCGCAAAAGGCAAAGGCAGACGGCGGCGAUGGACCAUGGCUGGUGGGCGGCAAACUGACGUUCGCCGAUAUUUCGUUUAUCCCUUGGUAUUGCUGGAUGGGGUGGUUUUUGGAGGACAGCGAGUAUGAUGUUGGGGAGUACCCGGCAGUGAAGGACUGGUUGGAUAAGAUGCGUGCAAGGCCCUCGGUAGCUAAGGUCCUGGCCGACAUCAAACCUGUCAACGCGAGGGGUUAG